UUGAUAAAGAAUUUGAAUUUGGGUGCUCGCAAUAACGACACUCAGAUCUCUUGCUUGGUUCUAAAUCUCAGGUUUUUGCAAAAGAAACAGAUUUCUUAGCUUUCAGAUAUCCGAUCCCCUUCUUGGAAAUUUGGUAAACGUGGAUUGGUAGUUUAAGGCUUUCCUUUCAUAAGGUGAUAAUCUUAUACUGUUGACGAACGAUGGGAGAUCACUUUGUUUUGCUGGUUGAUCGCUUGCUUACUGAAUCAACUUUGGAAGCUGCAAUUGAAAGCAGACAGUCAUUAAAACAGGCUGCAAUUGUUGAAACAGCGAUUGACUGCUCGCCUCAUAAAGGUUGUGAAGCUAGUUUAUCUCCGAGGAAACUGGUUGAGUGCAGAAUAUGCCAGGAUGAAGAUAUCGAUUCGAAUAUGGAGACUCCUUGCUCUUGCUGUGGUAGCUUAAAGUAUGCUCACCGGAAAUGCGUUCAGAGGUGGUGUAAUGAGAAGGGUGACACUGUAUGUGAGAUAUGCCAUCAGCAAUUCAAGCCAGGAUAUACAGCACCACCACCUAUUUUCCGAUUUCGUGGAAUACCAAUGAACUUCAGGGGAAAUUGGCAAAUAGCCAGGAGGGACUUGGCUAAUCCUCGCUUUGUAACAAUGGUUUCGAGUGAGAGCAAUUUCCUUGAUCCUGACUAUGAUGAAUAUGAAAUUUCUACAUCGAGAAGUAUAAUCUGCUGUCGCUCAAUUGCCAUAAUUUUUAUGAUCCUUCUAAUCUUGAGGCAUACUCUUCCUAUCAUUGUUAGUCGAGCAGGGAACUAUUCGUUCCCAUUGAUCAUGCUAUUACUGCUAAGAAUUGCUGGGAUUAUUCUACCAAUCUGCAUAAUACUGAAAGCCGUGACUUCUAUCAUACGUCGUCGACAACAGGCUAAUCUAUCCAUCACUCCAUCAGACGAAGAAGCUGGCCAAUUGACUCUACAUCAGCCACAUGCGAUGCCUGUUCGCUAAAUGGUUCUUGAUGUUGCAACUUGAACUGAUGGUAAAUUUCUGUUCUUUCAAGGGAGCUCGUAUUGCAAAUCUUCAUUUCACAGAAAGUUAUUAAAGCGCGACAGUUGCUAUGAAUUCGCAAUUAUCCAAAGAUGAUACAAACAAUGUUGUGUUUUACUUCUUACUAUGAACAAAUGUGCCUUAACCUUAUCCGGGGUAAUCUUAUUUUGAACAUUUGUACCCUCUCAAGUGUACAUUUUCAGGUGUAAAUUUGUUACUGCACCUUUGAAGAACUAUCUGUACAGAACUUUUAUACUAGAUUGUUAAUGAAAAUGAAGGAAGAAUUAGAGAUGAA